UCCCAGCUAUACAAAAGAGUAACACCUGGGUCAGCAGAACCAUAUCUCACAAAGAACAAUGUAUGUGCAUCAGUUGGGAUUUUUCAUUAUCUAAAACUGCAAAUUAUGAGAACAUGGGAGUGUUGAUAUUUUAAUUCAUGACCUAUUUAUUAAUCCUUUCACAGAAAGCGAACAUUGAAGCCCAAAAGCAAUGGAAGAGAAAAAUUUCACCAAAGUGAAGGAGUUCAUACUUUUAGGGUUCACAGCAAACUCAAGGUUACAGAGAGGGCUCUUUUUUAUCUUCCUCAUCAUUUAUGUCUUCAGUCUCUUAGGGAACAUCACCCUGAUUUCUCUGAUCUGCAGUGAUUCACGAAUCCACACACCCAUGUAUUUCUUCAUUGGGAACCUGUCAUUCCUGGAUCUCUGGUAUUCUUCUGUGUAUCUCCCCAAGAUCCUGGUGACCUGCAUCUCUGAGGACAAAAGCAUCUCCUUUGCUGGCUGUGUAGCUCAGUUCUUCUUCUCCGCCGGACUGACAUAUAGUGAGUGUUACCUCUUAGCUGCCAUGGCUUAUGACCGCUAUGUGGCCAUCUCCAAUCCUCUGCUUUAUUCCCAAGCUAUGUCCCCAAGGUUAUGUACCAGUCUUGUUGCAGCUUCUUACCUUGGUGGCUUUAUUAAUGCAAUCAUCAUCACCAGCAAAACAUUUACCCUGAGCUUCUGUGGCAACAAUGUCAUUGAUGAUUUCUUCUGUGAUCUUCCCCCACUUGUGAAGUUGGCGUGUGACGAGAAAGACAGUUACCAGACUGUGCUAUACUUUAUACUUGCCUCCAAUGUCAUUACUCCCACUGUACUCAUUCUUGCCUCCUACCUCUUCAUCAUUGCUGCCAUCUUGAAGAUCCGCUCUACCCAAGGUCGCCUCAAAGCCUUCUCCACUUGUGGCUCUCACCUGACAGCAGUCACUUUGUACUAUGGCUCCAUUCUCUUCAUUUACUCCCGGCCAAGCACUAGCUAUGCCCUGGAACGGGACAAAGUAGUGUCAGUGUUCUAUACUGUGGUGUUUCCAAUGUUGAACCCUUUGAUCUAUAGUUUAAGAAACAAAGAUGUCAAAGAUGCGCUGAAGAAAAUGUUAGACAGAUCAAAGUUUUGUUAAGUGAAAAUACUUUGUAAGCAAGGGUUAUUUUCAUCAGAUUAUCUCCAUAACACUGUUAUCAGCCUGUGCUCUCACAAAUAAAAAUUA